AUGAAUGUGACAUCCAUCACCUACUUCAUUUUCCUUGGAUUCCCUACACAUUUGGAGGUGCAGAUUCUUAUGCUUGUUCUGCUUUCUGCCAUCUACACAGUCACUAUAACUGGUAAUUGCCUCAUCAUCUUCAUCACUUGGGUAGAUAUAACCCUUCAUACCCCCAUGUAUUUCUUCCUCAGAGUGCUGUCAUUCCUGGAGAUCUGCUACACUUCAGUCACCCUCCCCCAAAUGCUGUAUAAUCUCCUGACAGAGGACAAGUCCAUCUCAUUCAGUAGCUGUGCUGUCCAGAUGUAUUUUAUCUUGUUCCUGGGCACAGUUGAGUGUUUCCUGUUGGCCUCCAUGUCAUAUGAUCGUUACACUGCAAUAUGCCUCCCUUUACAUUAUACAGUGUUUAUGUCUAGAGAAAUCUGCAUCCAACUGACAUUGGCUUCAUGGCUGUGUGGCAUUCUAAUCCCACUCAUGAACACAAGCUGGGCAUUCAGCUUGCCGUACUGUGGACCUAAUGAGAUCAACCACUUCUUCUGUGACUUCCCACCAGUUCUGAAGUUAGCCUGUGCUGACACAACCCUGAAUGAGGUGGUGAUGCUAGUGAGCAGCUUGCUAAUCACCCUGAUACCUUUUGUCUUCAUACUUGCAUCCUACACCUGUAUCCUUGGCACCAUAUUAAGGAUGCCUUCCAGUACAAAAAGACAGAAGGUGUUCUCCACAUGUUCCUCACACCUCAUCUUGGUGAUAUUGUUCUAUGGCACAGCCAGCUUUAUGUACUUACAGCCCAAAUCCAAUUAUUCUUUGAAGCGAGACAAAAUCAUCUCCCUUUUUUACACUGUUCUAACACCAAUGCUAAACCCCAUCAUCUAUAGCUUGAGGAACACAGACGUGAGAAUGGCCCUGAGGAAAAUAUUAAAGAGGAAAAUCUUGUUCUAA